AUGAAGUCUGAUAUUGAGACCCCCGAGGCUCUCUGGUUCAUGCCAGUCAUCAAUUACAGUGCAAUUGCUUUGGUUCAGAUUGGGGUUGUAUGCGUGGGAUCAAUGAUCCACGACGAUGUUAAACUGUCCAGCCCCAAGUUGCAACAAUGCUUCCAUUCUCACUCAGCGGCCAUGUGUUGCUUCGCCUUCAUCAUGGCCCUGGCCGAGCUGUACGCUUCCAUCGUCGUCGCAUCCGUUAAUGGACCUUUUAUUAUCAUCCCCUACCUCUUCAUUGCCCAGCUCUUUGUCACGCUUCUUUACUUCUAUCUUCCCUUCGAGUACUAUGACAUGGAAGUUGAGGAAGAGCAACGCAUUGAGGACGAAGAGAAGAUGCUCUCUAUGAUGGAUGAUGAUGACUCAGUCAUUGACAGGUAUGAGUUGGACGAAUUGUCUGUUACCUCGACUCCCUCAAAUGUAGACAUCAAAGCUACUGGCUACGGGACCAUGGAGUUUUCACAGUUGUCUGGACCUGGAAACUUGUAUCCCGUCUAG